AUGUUGCCCUACAUACAUGCUCCCUUUGUCUACCUGGCGGGCCUUGUUGGCGCCGGCCCGGAUGAGCUCAAGCUCAUUUUCUCGAUCUUGCUCUCAUAUCCGUUGGCAGGACUGCUGAAGCGAGUCCCUGAUGCGACGCCGGCAUACAAGAAUCUAUUCAGCGCUGCGGUCGGUGUCUUCUACCUAGUUGGUCUCUUCGACCUGUGGGGUGGCUUGCGAACCAUUCUCAUCGCUGCCGGUGGCGCAUAUGGCAUCGCCUACUAUCUGCGCGGAAGUCCCUACAUGCCCUGGAUCGCCUUCGUCUUCCUCAUGGUCCACAUGAGCGUAAACCAGCUGGACCGGCAGUUUGCGAACGACCCCUCGAGCGUGGACAUCACGGGCGCCCAGAUGGUCCUGGUCAUGAAGCUGAGCGCGUUCUGCUGGAACGUGGCCGACGGCACGCUGCCGGAGGACCAGAUGUCGGACUUCCAGAAGGACAGGGUCCUGAAGGAGCUGCCCAGCCUGCUGGACUACGCCGGCUACGUCUUCUUCUUCCCAUCCCUGCUGUGUGGCCCGGCAAUGGACUUCGCCGAGUACAGGCGGUGGCUCGACCUGAGCAUGUUUGAGGUGCCCGCGACCGCGGACCCAGCAAAGAAGCCGCCGACGCGCAAGAAGCGCCGCAUCCCACGCAGCGCUACGCCUUCGAUGUGGAAGCUGGCGACUGGUCUCGUAUGGGUCCUGUGCUUCCUCAACUUCUCGGGCUGGUACAACACGGACCUGCUCCUGGACGACAGCUACAUGACCUACAGCCUGCCCCGGCGCCUGUGGGUGCUGCACAUGACCAACUUCACAGCGCGCAUGAAGUACUACGGGGUCUGGUCCAUGACCGAGGGCGCCUGCAUCCUGGCGGGCCUCGGGUACAACGGCUUCGACCCCGUCACAGGCAAGGUCAGCUGGAACCGGCUGAGCAACAUCUACCCCUGGGGCGUGGAGAGCGCACAGAACACGAGGGCGUAUCUGGAAAACUGGAACAUCAAGACGAACCUGUGGCUGCGGCACUACAUCUACCUGAGGGUCACGCCGAGGGGCAAGAAGCCCGGGUUCAGGGCUAGCUUGGCAACCUUCACGACGAGCGCGAUCUGGCACGGCUUCUACCCUGGGUAUUACCUCACUUUCGUGUUGGCUAGCUUCAUACAGACCGUGGCGAAGAACUUCCGGCGGUACUUCCGGCCUUUCUUCAUCGACCCGGUCACCCAACAACCCACGUCCCUCAAGCCAUACUACGACUUCUUCUCCUAUCUAGUGACGCAGUGCGCCUUCUCCUUCGUGACGACCCCGUUCCUGGUGCUGGGCUUCGCGGACAGCAUCAAGGUGUGGGCUCGGGUCUACUUCUACCCGGUGGUCGGCGUCGCGCUGAGCAUGGGUUUCUUCGCGUCACCGGCCAAGGCGUUCCUCAAGAAGAAGAUCGAGGAGCGGAGCUCCGCCGCGGGCGUCCAGCUGAGGAAGUCGGCCUCCACCGAGUCUCUCACGGCCGGAGGGAGCAGGGACCAUGAGCCGCUGGUGGGGCCGGGAUUGUCGUCCGACCUCAACCGUGACGUUGGUGAGAUUGUGGAUGAGGCACGGAUCCAGUGGGCUGAGAAGCAGAAGGAAUUGAGGGCGAGGAGCUUCAAGGUGAAGGAUGGAAAGGCGAUGUAG